GGUCUGCCGCCUCGGGCGUGGGGUUCCCAGACCUGCCCUCCCACCUGCCCUCCCACCUGUCCCCAGGGCAGCCCUCGAGUCCUCCUAAGACUGGCUGGUGCCUGUCCUCCCUGCCCUGGGGGCCCCACGGGUGGGCACUGCGGCCAAGCCCAGCACUGUGGGAGGUCCCCUGCCUCAGCCCAUUCUCUGCAGCCCCGCCCAUCACCGCCCCAGGGCCAGGCGGGUGCAGACCAGGGGUGGAGGACAGCAGGUGUGCAGGGACUGUGGUCCCACCCAGGUGAGUGCUUCCGCCUCCUGCAUCUGCAAGCGGCCGCCAGCCUAGGUGCCAGCCCCACACCUGCCAUGGCGCUGUCCUGGAAGGAGCGGGUUUUCAUGGCCCUGCUAGGGACGGCGACGGCCUCCGGCCUCACCGUGCUGGUCCUCAUCCUGGUGGAGGCCACCAACAUCCUCCUGCCCGCAGACACCAAGUUUGGGAUCGUGCUGGACGCCGGCUCUUCCCACACCUCUCUCUAUGUGUACCAGUGGCCAGCAGACAAGGAGAAGGACACGGGUUUGGUCAGUCAGGCCCUGGCCUGCCAGGUGGAAGGGCCUGGAAUCUCCUCCUACACCGCUGACCCUGCACAGGCUGGCGAGAGUCUGAAGGGCUGCCUGGGGGAGGCGCUGGCACUGAUCCCAGGGGACCUACAUCGGGCAACACCCACGUUCCUGGGGGCCACCGCCGGCAUGCGGCUGCUCAGCCAGAAGAACAGCUCGCAGGCAGGGGCCAUCCUUGCUGCGGUGUCCAGGGUCCUGGGCCAGUCUUCUCUGGACUUCCGGGGUGCUGAGAUCCUGGCCGGGCGGGACGAAGGUGCCUGUGCCUGGAUCACCAUCAACUAUGUGCUGGGAAGGCUGGUCAAGUACUCCUCUGGAGAGUGGAUCCAGCCUGCAGAGGACACGCUGGUGGGUGCCCUGGACUUGGGCGGGGCCUCCGCCCAGAUCAGCUUCGUGCCCAGCGGCCCCAUCCUGGACGAGAGCACCCAGACCCGCUUCCGUCUGUACGGCAGCGACUACAGCGUCUACGCGCACAGCCACCUCUGCUUCGGGCGGGACCAGAUGCUGAAGAGGCUCCUGGCUGGGCUGGUGCCGGUCGGGCUGGCCCGGGAGGGUUGGGGGGCCGGGCAGGCUGCAGCUCACCCUGCGCCCCUGCAGCGCGGCCCUGCGCUCCUGGCCCGCCACCCGUGCUACCUCAGCGGCUACCAGACCACGCUGCCCUUGGCCGCCCUCUACGAGUCGCCCUGUGUCCACGCGGCAGCCCAGCUGGACCUCACGCAGAACCUCACGGUGGAGGGCACAGGCAGCCCUGGGGCCUGCGUGGCAGCCAUCAGAGAGCUUUUCAGCUUCUCGGGCUGCGAGGGCCCAGGAGACUGUGCCUUCAACGGGGUCCACCAGCCCCCCGUGCAGGGCCAGUUCUACGCCUUCUCCAACUUCUACUACACCUUCCGCUUCCUGAACCUCACCUCCAGGCAGCCGCUGGGCACGGUGAACACCACCAUCUGGGAGUUCUGCCAGAGGCCCUGGAAGCUGGUGGAGGCCAGCUACCCCGGGCAGGAGCAGUGGCUGCAGGACUACUGUGCUUCUGGCCUCUACAUCCUGGUGCUGCUGCAGGCUCUGGGGUUCAGUGAGGAGACCUGGGCCAACAUCGAGUUUCAGAAGCAGGCUGGCGGCACCGACAUCGGCUGGACGCUGGGCUACAUGCUGAACCUGACGGGCAUGAUCCCGGCAGAGGCGCCAGCCCAGUGGCGGGCACAGAGCCAUGGCGUCUGGGUGGCCGGAGUGGUGUUUGUGGUGCUGACCCUCAUGGCCAUUCUUGGGGCUGCUGCGGUGCAGCUCCUCUGGGUCCAGGACUAGUUGAGGCCCAGCUAGGACAGACCACAGGGAGCCGGGUGGCCGGCCCAGCCCCGCCGCUGCCCCCGCAACCCCGCCCACAGCCGGCUUCUCUGCACACGUCCCAGGGGCGCCUGGCAGCACCCCAGCUUGUGUUGGGUGCGCUCGGGAGGGAGAGGCUGGCUUCCCGGGGUCCCCAUGUUCCGGGGAGGGGACAGGGCUGUGGCACCUCACUGUGAUCAUCCCCCACACCCUCUGCUGGCCAAUCCAAAACACAGACCACGUGGUGGGGAACAGUUUUAUUCAAGCUUUCC